GAAGCCCCGGGGGAUAACGGGAGGACCCUAGGGCUAGCAGGUCGUGGGUCUUUGGUGCCUCAAACCGAAGGUGCUGGCCCUGGAGGGUCCUGCUACUGCUUAGCACUGGGGGAGAUUCGGUGGGGGAAAUGUGGAGCUGCUUCUGUUGGACUUUUCAACGUUGGUAAAGUCUGUAAAGUGAAUUCUAGUGAAACUCCCAACUUGGAGCCCUAAACUUGAAACUGCGUCCACUGGAUCACAGGUAGGGGUACACCCUGAUACCCUUCAUGGCCACAAGAAAUUAAAAGGUGUAAACUGAAAUCAGCAAGAAAUGCUAAAUAUGUUAUUGCCUGACGUGUGUAGUAUCUGCAUGGGCCAGUAAGUGCUGUGGUCUCCUGCCACGAUGUUGCUCUACUGUGUGUUUACUGAGCAUCUUGACAAACGUAAACUUGUGGUAUAGAAAGCUAUGGUGAACCCACUGCUCUAGCACUUUGCAAGAAUGGAAGUAGAAUCCUGUACUAGGCAUCACGGUAUUUUUGUUCUAUUUGUGACAAUUUAAAGUAUAGGAAGGUAAGAAUCUAGGCCAAGUGUAAGACCUACAUAUGUCUUACAGGUGUUACUUUUUUCACUUAGUGUGUGUUAAGACUUUUUUUUUUCUCUCUUUUUAGUCUUUCAGCCUUCAUUUAUCCAUAUGUCAGGGCCCAGAGUCAAUUCAUUUUUUCUUGGAGAUUCUUCAGGAGUUAAUUUUUCCAUAAUUUUAAGUCCUAUAGGUGAAGAGACAGGAAAAUUGCAGCUUGCAGAUUGCAGUGGAAGUAAAAGAGCUGGUGAUUGGAAUUUGAGUGUAACACCUGGUAUGAGUAUUUCCAAAGUGACUAUAAGCUUGACUAGAAAUCUGCAGCUGUGUUUGCCCAAUGUCACUGACUGCUGCACAACACCUCUCUGCGUGGUUGAAACACUUCAGGUUUUAGCUUGCCGUGAUUCAGCGAUGUUGGCACAUCUCCUGAUUCAAGCUGAAAUAUAUGCCAACUCUUCCUUUACGGGAAAUGUGUCAGAAAAUGCAACUAUCAUCCCAAAUCAGGUGUUUCAGCCGUUGGGCUCUUGUCCUUGUGACUUGACAGCUGGAGCUUGUGAUGUUCGUUGUUGCUGUGAUCCGGAAUGUACACCAGACUUGAAGCAGUUAUUCAUGGAAUCAUGUUUCACUGGAGUGUUUGGGGGGGAUGUAAACCCACCUUUUGAUCAGCUGUGCUCUUCUCAGUCAAUAUACUCCUUCUCAGAAUAUACUCCUGACUGGUUUCCCUUCCUUUGUGUACAGUCUUCUCUUAAUAAUACACCGUUUCUCGGCUACUUUUAUCAUGGCUCUAUUUCUACACCCAGAAUUCCUCCAUUUAAGAUCCCUUUACAAACUUCUCCUGGGAAACUUUUCACUGGUUACGGACAAGGAGAUCCAAUUAUGACAGAAGAAAAUGAGUAUUUUACCAUUCCUCAGCAAUCCAUGGCUGGACAGUGUGUUGGAAAUGCCCCUGUAGCGUAUCUCCAGAACUUCGAUGUCAAAUGCCUUACCAAUCUAGCAUCUUACAAGGAAGGACUGCCCCAUGACGUGAGGAUAAACAGUGGUACUGGAGACUUAAUCCAACAAAAUGUCAUCUAUAGAACCAUCACUGACAUGGGCAAAUUCAUCACUGAAAGUGAAAGCCUUCAUACUGCUGAGGUUCUGUGUCAAAAUGUAACAUUUGCAGAGCAUUACACGUUCAUUUCGAAAGACAGGAACAUAGAGCGAAUAAAUGUCACAGUCUUCCUUGGAAGUUUAUGUGAUGGAGAAAUAUUGACACAGAGAUUCACAGCCAAGUUUCUAAGUUUAAAGAGUACUAAUACAGCAGAACUGUUUGAGAAUCCAGGUUAUCAAGUUGGAAAACCAGUGAAAGCUGCAAAUAUGAAUGCGUCUGAUACUUUUGGAAGCUUAAACAUUUGGCAGCCAGCUGGCAGAGGUUUAUGUACGUCGGCAACUUAUACACCAGUUCUAUUUGGAUUAGAUUCAUUCUCUGGGUGCAUUCUAGAAGUUGGUAUUGAUGAAGAUUGCAGCCUUUUAAGAGAAAAUGUAACUGAGAAAUUGAAUUCACUAAUACAAGCUACUCACGUUGGAAAGAGGGACAAUUCAAGUUACAGUGAUCUAAAUGACUGGGUGGAAAUUAUACGUCUUGAUCCAUUUAAUUCUGAUACCAAUGUGAGCAGUGGAACCUUAAAAGGCAUUUGUCCAAAUAUUCCUGCAAAUCUGAAUAUUCGCAUAAUCUUUGCUGAUGUGGGUGCAGUACAAGGGAUUCCUCAGCAAGAGAUUCUUGCUGUGCAUAUCAGUUACUCAACAGUCAUAUGGCAAUUCCAGUGCGGGCUUAUCUGUGAAAACAGCACCAGCUUUCUUCCCAUCACGGCUUCUGUUCAGUUUAUUAAAGUGCCAGCUCAGCCACUCAUUCCAAUUACAAGAUUUCAGAUUAAUUACACAGAAUUCGACUGCAAUCGAAAUGAUGUGUGCUGGCCACAACUUUUUUAUCCAUUGACGCGUUUUUACACAGGAGAACCGUAUUCCCAGUGUCUUGCUAAAGGCCUGUCAUUGGCAUUUCUUGUUUUACUUGCAGCAAUUAUGAGUAACCCCUGGUUUUCUAAAUUAUGGAAUAGUUCCUUGCUUUAAAAAUAUUGAUGUAAAGAGAAUCGCUUUUGUUAAUAUUUUAAGUAC